UCUGAUACCGCCUGGACAAUAGAGGCUCAUAUUCUAUUUACAUUUUAGAGUCGUAAUACUCGUAUUUGUUGUUUGGUAUUUUGCUGUCUCAUAAUAAGAUUAAAGUACCGGUAUACACAUAGUAGCAUUAAUCUCUAGAUUUUUGAAAAUGUCAAAUCAGUUACCCAGUCAUUUUCCUGCAGGAGAUGUAGUACAUUUAGAUCGUGGAGAUGGUAACACGGCUUUGGUUCAUCUUCAUGGUGCUACAUUGUUAUCAUGGAAAGUUAAUGGAGAAGAAAUACUCUUUGUUAGUGAGAAGUCUGUUUUUGAUGGGAAGAAGGCUAUUAGAGGAGGAAUUCCUAUAGUUUUUCCUAAUUUUGGACCAUGGAAAUUAGGACCACAACAUGGAUUUGGCAGAAUUAAGAGAUGGAGUUUAGCCAUUCCACCAACCAAGGAUAAACAUGGAACUGUUAUAGCAGCCAUUUCUUUAGAAGAUGACGAAGAAACCAGAAGAAUGUGGAACUACAAAUUCAGGUUGGUUUAUACAUUAGAAUUACAAGCAACAUCCUUCACUAUGAACUUGAGCAUACAUAAUACAGAUACUAAAGCCUUUGAUUUCACGACACUUCUGCACAGUUACAUACGAACACCUGAUAUCCUUAAUACUUCUGUUACUGGACUAUCUGGUUUAACAUAUAUUGAUAAGGUAAAUACAUUGAUUCUGUGCUUACAAACAUUCCUGAUUUUCUUUGAAGAAAAACAAAAAAUCAACUGA